GUGGCUGAGACGGAGAGGUUUUGUUUGUCUAUUUGUCUCAGUUUCAAAGUAAUCAAUUUUGAGCUUGUUGUUGAAAUAUAGGAAGUAGUCGAGCUUCUCAAGAGUGGAACUGAUUUGUUGUGACAGAUUCAUACAUAUCCUUUACAGUUUUACACGCUACAUUUGCUUGGUAAUUAGGUUUUACUGUUUACUUUUCUGGUGAAGCCAAGAAUAAAGUUAUGGAACCAGUGAAAGAGGACCAUCUUGAGGAGUCUCAUAGUUAUAUGGGUUUAGCUCUGCACCAGGCAAACACUAUUAUUGGUUUCACAAUACUGCAAAAGUUUGUUGCUUUUAGAGUUACAGUGGUUGAUUUCCCUAGAUUGCAGGCUAAACUUGCUCUGGAGGCUCUUGAAGUUCCCGUGGGAUGUGUCAUUCUUGAGGACGGCAAGGUCAUUGCUUCAGGGCGAAACCGAACAAAUGAGACACGCAAUGCCACAAGACAUGCAGAGAUGGAAGCACUUGAUGAGCUCGUCGGACAAUGGCGGAAAGAUACUCUCACACCCUUACAAGUCGCUGAGAGAUUCUCGAAAUGCGUUCUUUAUGUAACAUGUGAACCAUGCAUAAUGUGUGCAUCGGCCUUAUCGUUUCUCGGUAUAAAGGAAGUGUAUUAUGGAUGUGCAAAUGAUAAGUUUGGGGGAUGUGGUUCCAUCUUGUCCCUUCACUUAAGAGGCGGCAGUUCUCAGCCGUCAGAUAUCCUUGAAGAAGCUCAAAGAGGAAAAGGGUACAAGUGCAGAGGAGGAAUAAUGGCAGAGGAAGCUGUCUCGCUUUUCAAAUGUUUCUAUGAGCAAGGCAAUCCCAACGCCCCAAAGCCACACCGCCCCGUAGUUCAAAGAGAGAAGACAUGAGGCUAACAUGUUGUGAAAAUUGGCGUUCAUAGGGCUCUGAUUAGAAGCUUGCUCUACGUAUGUUUUGGCUACUUUUGGCUCAUGAAACAUUAUGAGCUAUGUCUUUCAAAUUCCAAUACAUAUGCAUUUCCCUACUAAUUCGGAGAUUUCAACUUUGAGAUUGUGUUUUCUAUACAAAUAGUACCGUUUAUGUUU